AUGCUAGCUUCUGCCUCAGAGGAUGGGACAGUUGUGAUCUGGAAUACUACCACAGGCGCGCUACUGAAAAGCCUCAAGGGUCAUUCAUGUUACGUUUCCUCUGUGGCUUUCUCCCCCAGCGGAGAAUUGCUGGCGACCGCAUCGGGUGAGACAGUUAGGCUCUGGGAUUCCAUCACGGGCGCGCUACAACAGACCAUUAGAGGCUAUUCGGGGUCGGUUUUCUCUGUGGCUUUCUCUCCAAACAGUCGCUUCCUGGCGUCUGGCUCGGGGGUGAAAGUCAGGCUGUGGGACACCGGCACGGGUGCACUGCAGCAGACUUUUGAGGGCCAUGCAAGUACAGUGUUGUCUGUGGCCUUCUCCCCUGACGGUCGAAUUCUGGCGUCCAGCUCGUAUGCCGAGGCUGUCAGGCUCUGGGAUACUUGCACUGGUUCGCUGCAACAGACUCCCAAGCGUCAUUCAGGCUGGGUUCAAUCAGUGGUUUUCUCGCCUGAUGGCAAGCUGCUGGCGUCUGGGUCACGUGAUAAGACAAUUGGGCUUUGGGAUACGGGCACGGGCACGCUGCAGCGGAUUCUCAAGGGCCAUUCAGGCUCCCUUUCUUUUAUGAAUUUUUCCCCUGACGGUCGAUUACUGGCUUCCGGCUCGGAUGAUGACACAAUUAGGCUCUGGGAUACCAGCACAGGCGUCCUGCUGCAGACUUCCACGGAUAAAACUAAAGGAAAAGUCGUUGACCUGGAAUUUUCUGAAUUUAGUAGAGUUUCGAGCUCCAACCCGAGAUCGGUUGAAAUAGAAUCCUGGUGUAAGAAUCAUCCUUCUGGUUCAUCUCAGGCGGAUUCGGACACGGACAUAUCUAUACUGGAGGGUCAGUGGGUAACCUUUCACGGUGAAAAGGUACUGUGGCUUCCUCCUGAAUAUCGACCCCUCUGCUCAGCGACUAAAAAUAAUGUUCUUGCAAUGGGGCACUCAUCGGGACGGGUUUCUUUUAUAGGGUUCUGUGUAUAA